CCCCACCCUGCCAUCAGCUCUCUAUUCUCAAAACCCAACCCCCACCAUCAGCUUAAUUGAUGAAGCUCAUUGUUCCUCCGCCGCCAUCAUCGCCAUCUAGAUCUGCGGGAAAGGCUGGUAGGAAGAAAGGAAAAACCCGAAUUUUGCUGGAAGAAAGGAAGAACACAUAUUCCACGAACCCAUAUGUCGUCGGAAGAAAGAAAGAAUUCAAAUUGAGCGUUGUAGGAUUGAGCAAUGCCCUCUAUGGUGGAGAAAGUGCCCAGCCCUUUUCCCCAGCUGCCCUGUCUCACCCCUCAAUACUGCAACUUACGAUGAUUUGAGUUGCUGACUCUGUUGCUAAUGGCGGCGGAGGGAGAUGAAGGAUCCAACUCUCACGGACCCAGAGCUGUCGGAGCCCCGACCUCCUUCGUUGUUGCUGUCACUUCAUCAUUGCCAUAGCCUCCUUCUAAUCAUCUCGAUUUCGAUGGAACUGGACCCGAGGACAACAAUGUUUGGUGGAAGGCCAAGAGUUCUCACACAGACUCCACGAAUGUACAUCUCCCAAGAAGGUUCAACGAGGAUAUGGCAACGAGUUCUCGCUAAACAGGCGGUGGCGCCGCCGAAGUGGCCUCGUAGUUGGCGGCACUGAUCGACGAUUGAGGAGAUGCCGGAGAUGAUUGAAGAGAUGUCCCGCUGCUACCAACUUCAUCGACGAUUGAGGAGAUGUCGGAGAUGAUCGAUUGACGAGAUUGCGGCACCGACCGACGAUUGAGGCCUCUCACGUUUUGUUUCUGUUUGCUCUAUUUUUGGUUAAUCGACAUUGAAUUCAUCUCCUCUCUUCCAUUAAAAUCAUUUUGUCCCUUGGCCAUGCUAAGGGGAGAGGACGAGUCACUAAAGCGGUGGAGAGCGCACAUUUUAAGCCAAAGUGGCAAGCCUUCGUUUAGCGGCAGCUGGGGAGUCGGGAGGUGGAAGAGAGAGUUGGAGAAGAAAGGGGAGUGGGUCGGGUGGGAGUGUGUAGGGUUGAGUCAUGGGUUGGUUUUGAUAAUGAUAAUGCGUCUAGUUUUGAUGAUGUGGUGGGUCAAUUAUAAAAAAUAAAUUGGUCAAAAUAUG